CCUAGCGCAUACCACGUAAUAACGUUUGAAGCCUGAGCAAAGAAACAAUAUGGCCACCCGCCAAGCCACCGCGGCCGCCACCCUCGCGUUCCUCGUCGUCGCCGCGGCCACCGUCUCCGCCGCGGCGGCGUCACGCAAGGUGCUGCAUUGGAAGGACUACCUGGGCUGCCCGCGGGACGCCGUCAAGUUCGGGGCCUGCGUCGCCGCGCUCGGCGCCGCGGGCCUGCAGGCCGGCGCGCAGCUCGGGACCAAGUGCUGCGACGUCGUGCAAGGGCUCGCCGCCGCCGAGGCCGCCGCCUGCUUCUGCACCACCAUCAAGGAGACCGUGCUCGGCAUCCCCACGGAGUGGACCGUCGGCGUCGGGGCCCUGGCCAGCGCCUGCAAGACGGAGCUGCCCGACGGCUUCAAGUGUGUCUGACUGACAAUGGUCACGUUUCACUAGUGCAUGCACACACACACACACCUCUAUUCCUCACUGUGGGCUAUGGCUAGCUCUUGCUGAGUUGCUGUUGAUGUGAAACCUUAUUCGGUUUUCCUGUUCAAACUAACAUCGCAUUGCAUCACUGUCCUUUGCCCUAUAUGCAGGUUUUGUCAAAUGUUUUUUUUAAAAAAAAGGUUUUGUCAAAUGUGUAGCCGUUAAAUUUAAUUUGUUUGUUCUGCAUGACAUGAAGAGUCACUCGAUUGCUGUAAAAUACAUGUGCUCGGAAUCAAUUUGGGGGAUC